AUAAUUAUCAUGCUCAAUGUUUGGACUGCCUAUUUUGAUCUUAGACAAUAUGAUUGCCGACUCCAGCCUGCUAAUGAGCCGAGCGCGGUAAGCGCUGACAUCUCUUGAAUCUGUAGAGACAAAUAUAUAGCACCUUUCUUGCCAGGACCGCUUCAUUGCGUCAAACUCGGCAACCUAGGUCACAAACCCAACUUCCCAUAAGCCAAGGCGCGAAACAUAGCUCUCUCGCUCUAGUCAACAGCCGGAAAUGGCUGAUGCCGGCGGCAGCUCUAGGGCCAGACGCGGCAAGCGCGCGAGGGAAGGCACACCCGCACAAGUCACAAAUGCUCGGGUGUUUGACGCGCUGCCUAACGAAGUCUCAGCUCGGGUUGCCGCCUUCCUGCCACCGAAUGAGGUGGCGACCACGCUGCGCCUCGUCAGCCCAGCGGCGGCAGCGCUGUACUUUCCACACCGUCAAGUCAAGCUGUCGCAAUCCGUCCCCGUCCAUGCGUUCGCCGCCAAAUGGACGCCAGAGGCGGCACGGGCUCUGACCACCGCCCAAAGGCGCAGUCUGGUGCAGCUGACGGCGAACACGGGCGUGCUGAAGAACCUGGAGGUCGCGCUGCGGGUCACGGGCGUGGGCCGCACGGUGGCGCUGGAGGCCGCCGCCGCCUCGGGCCGCGUGUCUGUGGUCCGCAGUGUGUGCGGCUGGCUCAAGCGCGUGGCGAAGCACCCCGUGGAGCGGCCCGAGGUGGAGAUGCUGGUGGAGGUGGCCGCCGCGGCGGGCGCCGUGGAGCUGCUGCGCUGGCUGAAGCUGGGGCAGCGCGGGGCCGAGCUGGCGUACAGCGUGGCCCUGGAGAAGGCCUGCCUGGGCGGGCACCAGGGCGCGGCGGAGCUGCUGCUGCGGGAGCUGCAGGGGCGGCACCCUCAGGACUGGUGCGACCUGGACGACAUCAUGGGGCUGCCCUGCCUGGCCGCGUCCAAGGGGCAUUAUGCGCUGGCCCAGUGGCUGCUGGCUCAGAUCCCGCCCCACUUCGAGCCCGAGCUGCUCGACCUGCUGGCCACCACCGCCGCCGGCUGCAGCCUGGCACAGCUGCAGGCCAUCAUCGCGAGGGAGAUGAGGCUGCGGGGCCGGCCCACAGCCGGCAUCGAGACAGCGGCGGCGGCAGCAGCGGGAGUAGCGGGAGCAGGGGCGGCGGGAGCGGGAGUAGCGGGAGCAGGGGCAGCGGGAGGAGGACGCGGCGGCGAGCGGCAGCGGCCGCAGCACCCGGAUGGCCCUUGGUGGGGCGAGCAAGGCGGCAUCCUAGGAGACGUGUGGGAGGGCAGGUUCGUGCUUGCCGCGGCGGCGGCCAGCGAGACGCCGGACUGGCGCGAGAAGGUGGAGUGGCUGCUGUCCCGCGGCGCCGCGCUGGGGGAGCUGGGCCCCGGCGGCCCGCCCUGCACGCUGCUGGACGCGCACGGCUGGGACCCGCUGCUGGACUGCGGGCUGGUGCGGGGCGGCCCGGAGCGCCUGGCCUGGCUGAGGGACCGCGGCUCUAGCUUCGACGAGGAGCUGGGUGACGCCGCUGCCAGCCAGGGCCGUGUGGAGGAGGCAGACUUCCUGAUGGACAUGUUUGGGACCCGCUGCGUCACAUUCACCGGAGUGGAGAUGGCGUGCGAGCGUGGCCACAUGCGUAUGCUGCAGGCGCUGCAGGCGCGGGGCUACCGCUUUGAUGUCCUGUCGGCACUGGAGGCCGCCGCGAGGGGCGGGCAGCUGGAGGUGCUGCAGUGGCUGAUGCAGCUGCCACCCCCCGCACCAGCCGCGGCCGCCGACGCUGCCCAGGCCGCUGCCGAGGCGGGUGGAGCAGCCGAGGCCGUCGUCGCGGUCGGUGCCGAGGCUGAGGCGGCCGAGGCCGGGGCGGCCCCUGCCCUAGCCGCCGCGGGUGCGGCCGCCGCGGGCGACGGAGCCGAGGCCGCUGCCCCGGCGGCCGCGGGCGGCGGCGCUCCGACGCGGGCGUCAGGGCGCGGCCGCAGUGCCGCCCCCCCGCACCCCGGUGCCAAGUACGUGACAGUGGACCUGAUCAACGCCGCAAUGGAGGGAGGCAACCUGCAGCUGCUGCAGUUCGUGCUGGACCUGAGCCCUCGCCAGCGGCUGGGUGCCGCCACUCUGGAGGUGGCGCUGCACCACACCGCGGGCGUGGACGGCCCCACAGCCACAGGCGGCAGCGCCAGCCUGCCCCUGUUUGACCUGUUGGUCCGGCGCGGCCUGCCACUGGGGACUAACGGAAGCCCCUACGUCACUGCUUCCACCGGCGUUGAGGGCCGCCCGCUCAUCGCCGCCCUGGCCCGGACCUACAACUGCCCCUGGGGCCCGCCGGGCCGAGUGCUCAGCUUUGCGAUCCAGGCCGGCGCAAGCUUGUCACUGGUGAAGUUCAUGUUGGCGGAGGGCUGCCCGGUGGAGGAGGAGGACUGGGUCACCAUCGCGGCACGUGCGCAGGUGGGAUGGCGCGUCCAGGACGAGGUGCGGGAGUGGGUGGUGGCGCAGGCGCGCGUGGUGGAGAAGCGGUUGCAGAAGGAGUACGAAGCCAAGGCGCGGGUUCAUGCGGCGAAGGAGCGGGAGCGCAAGAAGAAGAGGCAGGAGAAGCUGCGGGAGGAGAAGCGGCUGCAGAGGGAGAAGGACAAGGCGAAGGCGGCCCUAGAGAAGGCAAAGAGGGAGCAGAAGGAGAAGGUGAUGAAGGAGAAGGAAAAGGCCAAGAAGGAGAAGGAGAGGGCUAGGAAGAAGGAGAGGGAAAAGGCCAAGAAGGAGAAGGAGAAGGCUAAAAAGGAGGCGGCAAAGGCUAAGAAGAAGGAAAAGGAAAAGGCUAAGCAGGAGGCGGCAAAAGCGAAGAAGGCGGCCGGUCCCGUCAAGAAGGGGGCCGUGAAGCAGCAGCCGGUUCAGGCGGCUCCGAAGGCGCAGGCACCCAAGAGGGCACUUCCGAGUGAGGCAGAGGCCACUGCGGCCAAGGGCAAGAAGGGCGGUGGGGGCAAGGGAGCCGGGGGCAAGGCUGGUGGCGGCGGCGAGGCGACGGCGGCGGCUGGCAGCGGUAGCAAGCGGAAGCGUUGAAGUGGAUGCGUGUGGGUGUUUGGACUCAUGUUGGUUUAUUAUGAUGUGGUAAACGGCAUCUGCAAAUGUGCCUGCACAAUGCAUGGUCGCAUGGACUACUGGGUAUUGAGUGCUGGCAUUGUGCGUGGGGCCGCGGUGUGGGGUGUUGUCGUGCACAUUGCUGGGUGAACUGGAUGCAGCGGAUGGCUGAUGGAAUGAACUGAACCGACAUUGAGUUGCAUGUUCGUGUGAUAACACCACGGUAUUCAGUGCACAGGGGGUAUUGAGAAGUGAGUGAAUUGCGUGCAGACUGAUCAACGUGUCCCAUCCCAGCUGUAACCUUUGCUGUAACCUUGCACGCAAAGCACAGUUGCUAGGUGAUUUGGCCGUUGAGUGAUGAUGCUGAUACCGAUACAGUUGUAGCACUAUAAGCUGUUGCUGUAAGCUUUAUCGCCU